AUGGUGGAUCAAUCUCUCAUCAACUUUUCUAUUCAAGAUUUUUACCUGACUGAAACAGAAAGCACUAAUGGCUCCGGCUUCAACCAAUCUGUUAUUUUCUUCAAACUCAAAAUCGCGAAUGACAAUGAACAAAGGGGAAUUUAUUACGAUAACCUCAACCUCACUUUCUCUUAUUACACAAGUGAGAGUGAUAUUGUCCCAGUAGGCUACUACACGAUCCCGGGGUUUCGGCAGGGCAUACAAAGCGAGACUGAUCGAAGAGAUUUUGUGGAAAUUUCAAAAAACGUGUCCGUGUUGUCGUUAUUGCCUUCGGUAUCGUCGGAUAUUGAUUUUAGGGUGGAUCUAGCAACUGCAGUGAGGUUCAGGUAUUUCAUUAUGGGAUUUCAGAGUAAGAGGCUCCAGGUGAUGGCGUGGUGUAAGGUGGAGGUUGAUCGAAUCACGGGCAAGAAAGCGAAUAAAAAGGCUAUUAGGCUGAAGCAUAUGAUCAAAAAUCAUCUUGGUGGCUGGGUGAUCUUGGUUGGUGUUAUUCUACUGGUUGUUCCAGAUCGCGAGCUCGGCGAGUGA